GCAGGAAGGUUUCCCAGGGUUAAGGAACUCUUCAAAAAGAUUGAAAUCCUCCAUACCCAUUUGGCUUAGAAAGUUGCUAGCAAGCUCAUUUGGAACGGAGUGAAGAUGCAGCUUUCUCUCUCACACUUCUGAUUCCUACUUGUCCCAUUCUGUAAAGUGCGGUAUCAGCAGAAACAAUGUAGUGCAAGGGGCAGGUAUCAUAUAGUGCAGGUACUUGAAUAACUCUUCCAUGGCACCUUGAGCAUGACAUCAGCACCCCUUGCUAUUCCAGUGCUGCAACCCCACCCCAGAAUUGAUGAUGUACCUAAAUUCUGACCCAAAACAUCCUCUAUUAUUCCAGUUCUAGGAUUCCCCAAAGCAGGUGUACCAUCCACCUUGCUCCUAACUUACAGCAACAAGCCUGGGACCCCUAAAGCAGCUUUGCCAGCACACCUCACUCCUGAUCUGCAGCCACCCUUGAUGUGCCAGUCCCGUCCCUCUCUUCUAGCUCUGCCAAUACUUAAAUUGUUGAUAUAUCCAGUAUGAGUGUCUCUGUGUGUACAUGUCAGUGAAGAGGUUGGUAUGUUCAAGAGGCCUUGUAGGUAUGAGGGGGGAUGUUAGUGUAUAUGUGGUUGAGUGAAUAUAUUUACAUAUGUGUGUGGUUAUCUGUGAGUGCCCCAUUGUGAGCAGGAGGUGGGAGCAAGUUCUUUAUAGGUGGAUGAAUAUGUAGGUGCAUGCACGUAGAUAUAAAUGCAGAUGUAGAUGGGGGCAUAUUAGUGUACAUGGCAAGGUGACUGGGGGGUAUGUGAGUGGGUAUGUCAGGGUGAGUGUGUGGGGCUAUGUAUGAUUGUAUGUCAGUGUGAACAGAGGGGGGUACUUGAGUGAGUAUGUGAAGAGCAGUCUGGGAGAGAGGCUGCAGGGUGGAUUAGGUGAGGGGAUUGUCUGCAGUCACUUCUGUCAUUGAACAAUUUGCUGAAACUGAUCUGGAACUUGCCCUGUUCACUCUAACCUUGGCACUGCCUGCUCUUCUCUUAUCAACACUGAUAAACCAAGCUGCAACCUCCCUUCUUCUCUCUGUCCUGCUGACAGCUGCCACAUCCAGGGGGUCCUCUCCACAAGGGACCUUGGAGUUGCUCCGGACUCACUGCCAUGGAGAGACACAAUCACCUUUUGUCCUGAAACAGCAACAGCAGCAGAAGAGAAGGUGACAGGUGUUGCUAGCUUAGUUUUCACCUGCAAACCCCAACUUCUGCAUUGCCCUUGUUUUUUAACGCUGAAACUCUAAAUCCAGGGUGCUACACUGCUUGGGGCUUCUCCAUCCUUCUUGUUUUUGGCAAGGGGAUCACACCGCAUAAGUAUUAACUCUAUCCUACCCACACGUGGAUGUUCGCUCCUUGCCACGUGUAUCAGCUUGGAGAGGAUGUUACGCCGACUGCAGAUUCUGCUCCAGAGGAAGUUUAAAAUUUUGCUCUUCUUUCUCCUCCUCUUGGCUCUCUUGAUGCACGUGGCUUUGGAUUUGGCUCUCCCAGCUGCUCCCAGCUCCUGCAGCUGUAUCCCAAAAGCAGCAAACCCCUUGGGCCUCCCACCAGCUGGCCCGUUAGUCUCAGUUCAAAAAAAGCUGAGCCUGCGGAUCCUUCAGGAUUUCAGUGGCAGCAAUGGCUCCUUGGAGAAAGGCUCCCGCUCACUGGAAGGGAGGCCACCAGCAGGUGGUGGAAGCAAGAUGGUUCUCAGAGAUGGUGACUUUGAGCACCAGUGGGAAGAUGUGAAGUCGGCAUGGACAGGACGGUCAAAGAUGGCAGCACUCUUUGAGCAUCCCCUCUAUAAGAUCCCAAUCCCGGAACUGGUGAAGAAAGACAAGCUCUUCAGUGUCAACCCCAAAGAGAAGUUCACGCUGAAAAACAGUGGGAGUGAUGAAUGGGUCAGCAGCAGUAAAGCAGAGAUGGUCCUUCCGACUGGGAAGACCCCAUAUGAUACCUACCCCACGUGGCUCAGGUUCCACAUUGGCAUCAAUCGCUAUGAGCUGUACUCCCGGCAGGACCCCAUCACUCCUACCCUGCUGGAGGAACUGGCUACACAGAAAAUCAUCGGCUCAGUCCAGAAACCUGGAGGGACCCAGCUGAAGUUGAUCAUGACGUUCCCAAAUUACGGGGAGGCACUCUUCAAACCCAUGAAGCAGACCCGGGACCAAGAGACCCCAGCAGAUUUCUUUUACUUCUCGGACUUUGAACGACACAAUGCAGAAAUAGCAGCCUUUCACCUGGACAGGAUCCUGGAUUUCCGGAGAAUCCCCCCAGUGUCUGGCCGUUUGGUGAAUAUAACUAAGGAGAUUCGUGACAUCACAACUGACAAGAAACUGGCUAGAACCUUCUUCAUUUCCCCAGCCAGCAAUGUCUGCUUCUUCGGCGAGUGCUCCUACUACUGCUCCACGGAGCACGCCCUGUGUGGCAAACCGGACCAGCUCGAGGGCUCCAUGGCGGCCCUCCUGCCCGACAAGGAACUGGCCAAACGCCACUCCUGGCGCAGCCCCUGGAGACGCUCGUACCACAAGAGCAAGAAGGCGGAGUGGGAGCUGAAUCAGAAUUACUGUGCUCAGGUGAGAAAGACACCACCUUACGACAGUGGCUCCCGCCUGCUCAACCUCAUAGACAUGACUGUGCUUGACUUCCUGAUGGGUAACAUGGACCGACACCACUAUGAGACCUUUGAGAAGUUUGGUAACAACACCUUCCUGCUUCACCUGGACAACGGCCGAGGAUUUGGAAGACAUUCUCAUGAUGAAAUGUCCAUCCUGGCCCCUCUCCAGCAGUGCUGCAGUAUCAAGAAGUCGACAUUCUUGCGCUUGCAGCUGCUUGCCACGGAGCCGUACCGCCUCAGUGAUGUCAUGCGGGAGUCACUGGCCUCAGACCACCUCUCGCCAAUCCUGUCAGAGCCUCACCUGAAGGCGCUGGACCGGCGGCUCCAGCGAGUACUGGACAUGGUGCGCGUGUGCAUGGCAAAGGGAGGCCAGAAGGCAGUGCUAGUGGAUGACAUGGGAAAGCUGCAAAAAGGGAUAUGGCAGCACCAAGAGACAAGGAGCAAACAAGCGUGAUGGGCUGAGCAGACACUACUUCCCACCAUGACCCCUGAGGCUGCCUCUGCAAUCUGGACUCUUGCUGAAUGAGAAUCAGCACUGGUGCAGCCACGGCUAGGUGCCCAUACUGGGGGCAUAGUCCCUGGAUCUACUGAUGGUGGGGAGAGGGAGACAGUUUAGAGGGGGAAGUGAGUGGGGCAAAGAGAGACAAAUGGGAGGUCUGGCUGUAAUCGAGGGGGGAACCCUACAUAGUGAACCCAGGGGAGGGAGGGAAGUAGAUUUCAAACUCCGGUAAGCGUUCAGCUCCUACAGAGUCCUGGAGCCAGCAGGGCCAGUCUGCACUAGAAACUUGCAUCAGCACAGUUGUGCCGCUGUAGCACUUCUGGUGAAGACGCUCUAAGCCAAUGGGAGAGAGCUCUCGUAUAGGCAUAAUAACUUCACCUCUUUGAGAGGCGGUAGCUAUGUCAGUGGGAGAAGCUCUCCUGCCUCCAUAACGCUGUCUACAUGGUGGGUUAGGUCGGUACAACGACAUUGCUCAGGGGAGUGGAUUUUUCACAUCUCUGAGCGAUGCAGUUAUAGUCUUGAAGGGAGUAUGUAGUGUAGGCCUGGGUUUAGGUAAGGCUAAGGACCCCGGGCUACUUAGGGAGAAAGGUUGCUCUUGUGGAUAAGACACUUGUGGAGACUCAGGAGAUCUGGGUUCAUUUUUGGGGCCAUCGCCUCUGUGACCUUGGGUAGGUCACUCAUCUCUCUGUGCCUCCGCUCCCCUUCUAUAAAAGGGAGAUAAUAAUCAUGCCUUUCUCUCACCUGUGUCUGUUUAUUUGUAAGUUCUUUGGGCCAGAGACUGUCUCUCACUAUGUGUUUGCACAGCACCUAGCACAAUGGGGCCCUGAUUUUGGUUAGCGUCUCAAAGCACUGCUGGAAUACAAGUAAAUAACAUGAAUAUUUUGCAGGGGGAAAGCCUCCAGUGGGAACUCCAUGUCUGUACAGUGACAGUCACAUUAAAAAAUCAUAGCUUCUUAGUCUACA